CGUAGUAAAGCAUGUACCCGGCAGUUUACUCCAGGAUUUCGAACCGGUUGCUUCAUUUCUUAACUCCGAGACUCGUUUCACUCUCGAUCCGGCCAACACCUCGUUUCACUGCAACAGGUUCACCUGUAAUUAUUUCAACUAUUGCUUCGAAUUACAAAUGUGAUUUAUUAAAAACUAUUUGUUCAAUUGCCACAAAAUGGAUUUAAAUCAUAGUACUAGUGCUCCGAUAAACGAUAAAAACUCCUGGAUGACAACUGAAACUUCAGUGACAGCGGAAAAAGAAGACACGAUUUUUACUCUUAUCGUCGUAGUUGUCGGUAUAAUAAUAGCGAUAAUAAUUCUAUUUUCUAUGGGCGUAUUUCUGGACUGCAGGCAUCAGAAGAAUACUACGAAGAAUAAUAAACCGCUGCGCAUGAAAGCGCCUUCACUGACGCGCAAAAAGAAGAUAAAGGAUGACAAAAAAUCCUUGGCCUCGGACAUGUAUUCCAGUGGGAUGACAGAUUACGGAGCUGGCGCGUUGGACGCAGUGGUUUAAUUUAAAAAGGGAAAGUAUUAUAAUUUUAAAUUAAGAUAAGGUAUUAUCAUACAUAUUUGAAUUUCGGCACGGAAUAUGCUAAAUCGGCAUUAUUAUCUUACCAGAGAAAAAUAGCGUGUUGACGUCAGAGAAAAAUUAUUAGCUCUUUUCAAUACAAGUCAUACCGAUUCGGUGACUCAAUUCCGCAACGCAAGCACUUUGCGGAUUUCGGAUAAAAUUAUAAUUGACUGUGAUAUCGAUAAAUUAUUAUUUUGUACGUCAGUUGCUCAAACGUCACAAUACAAUUACAAUAGUAUUUUAAUUGUAUAUAUGUACACAAGCAAACAAUAACAAUAUCAGUGUCUAUCGUUUUAAAUAACUCGUAGCGUAGAUCGUAGGCAUUAUUUACAGAUAAUCUUGUUCUUAAAUAAUAUUUAUAGCGACGUGUGCCAUAUCCACACGGAUUAAAUCUUAUUAAUUAUUUAGCUAAUAAAACUUACAGGUAUACUUGGUAA